CGUUACAUUUGAUUUCAAUUGGACUUUUCAUUAAUACUACGCUUUCCCCCACUCGCGAUUCCAAAGUAUAUACGGUGGAAAAUCAUUUUGUAUUACUCAUGCGCCUUUAAUAUGAUAGUUUUAUUUUAUUCGUACAAUUGAAAAGUUCACCCACAUCGGGCAGCAGGAGUCGAAGCCCCCAAAAGUAAACACAAUUCCUCAAAGGACGUUUCCGUUGGCUCUGCCCAGCACAAGUGCAUCGGAUCGCAUCGCAUUGGAUCGGAUCGGAUCGUCGGUGAAGGCGAGUUCCAGGCGCUUGCCCAAAGUGCCUUACAUCCACAAUUAUGCCAGAUAGAUUUCAAGUUACAAAGGCUGACGAGGACACCGCGUUGGACUACAACCAGGAUGAGUCUGCGAGCGGCAAGCUACUGGGGGACAUCCACGACGAAACCCUAGGUGAGAACUAUGGGUCGUACGAUGACUCAGGUGAUAUCCACAGGGCGGAGGAGAACCAGAAGUCCAGCAUCGACCCAAAUCUAUAUCUGUACGACGAUGAUUUGGAGACCAGGCCCCAUAUAUCAACGUUCAUUUCAUCAAUUGCCAAUUAUGAGAACACGAUACCAGCGGCCACCGAUCCCGAUGCAAAGCCGGCAGCUCCAUCGGCUCGAAUGGGUACCCUAAUUGGAGUGUUCUUGCCAUGCAUUCAAAACAUCUUUGGUGUCAUAUUGUUCAUUCGGUUAACAUGGGUUGUUGGAACGGCUGGCGCCGUGUGUGGAUUCCUGAUUGUUCUGACCUGCUGCUGUGUGACCAUGCUAACCGCGAUCUCGAUGUCGGCCAUUGCAACGAACGGGGUGGUUCCGGCGGGCGGGAGUUACUUCAUGAUAUCACGAUCCCUGGGCCCUGAAUUCGGCGGAGCGGUGGGAAUGUUGUUCUAUACGGGCACCACGCUAGCAGCGGCGAUGUACAUCGUUGGUGCCGUGGAAAUCGUAUUGACAUACAUGGCGCCGUGGGCAUCGAUAUUUGGGGACUUCACCAAGGAUGCUGACGCGAUGUACAACAAUUUCAGGGUCUACGGCACUUUGCUGCUCAUCUUUAUGGGUCUCAUUGUGUUCCUGGGCGUGAAAUUCGUCAAUAAAUUCGCGACGGUGGCCCUGGCCUGCGUCAUCCUUUCGAUAAUAGCGGUGUAUGUGGGAAUAUUUGACAAUAUCCAUGGCAACGAAAAGCUAUACAUGUGUGUUCUGGGAAAACGACUCUUGAAGGACAUCCCGCUGGAGAAUUGCACAAAGGAAGACUCCUUCUUACGCGACAUAUACUGCCCAGAUGGUAAAUGCGAGGAAUACUACCUGGCCAACAACGUGACCAAAGUCAAGGGCAUCAAGGGUUUGGCCAGUGGCGUGUUCUACGACAACAUCUUCCCUUCGUUCCUGGAGAAGGGCCAGUUCAUAUCCUACGGCAAGAGUGCAAUCGACAUUGAGAAUACCAGUGGAGAGUCAUACAACCAGAUCAUGGCCGACAUUACCACGUCGUUCACCCUUCUUAUCGGCAUCUUCUUCCCAUCGGUGACAGGCAUCAUGGCUGGAUCCAAUCGAUCGGGCGACCUGGCUGACGCCCAGAAGAGCAUACCCAUCGGAACGAUAUGUGCCAUUCUGACCACCAGCACAGUCUACUUAUCCAGCGUUAUGUUCUUCGCCGGCACAGUGGAUAAUCUCCUGCUGAGGGACAAAUUCGGUCAGUCUAUCGGUGGCAAGCUGGUGGUGGCCAAUAUCGCCUGGCCAAAUCAGUGGGUCAUUCUGAUUGGCUCCUUCCUCUCCACCUUGGGCGCUGGUCUGCAGAGUUUAACUGGAGCACCACGCCUGCUGCAGGCGAUUGCCAGGGAUGAGAUCAUCCCCUUCCUGGCUCCGUUUGCCAAGUCCUCGAAGCGUGGCGAACCCACCCGUGCACUGCUCCUGACCAUCGUCAUUUGCCAGUGCGGCAUCCUGUUGGGCAACGUGGACUUGCUGGCUCCUCUGCUGUCCAUGUUCUUCCUCAUGUGCUACGGCUUUGUCAACCUGGCCUGCGCCGUGCAAACCCUUCUGAGGACUCCCAACUGGAGACCGCGCUUCAAGUUCUACCACUGGAGCUUGUCGCUCAUCGGCCUGACGCUGUGCAUAUCAGUCAUGAUCAUGACUUCCUGGUAUUUCGCACUGAUUGCUAUGGGAAUGGCCAUCAUCAUCUACAAAUACAUAGAGUACCGCGGUGCUGAGAAGGAGUGGGGUGAUGGCAUUCGUGGAAUGGCCCUGACUGCCGCCAGGUAUUCGCUCCUCCGCCUGGAGGAAGGCCCACCGCAUACGAAAAAUUGGCGUCCCCAAAUUUUGGUGCUUUCGAAGCUCAACGACAACCUCUUGCCAAAGUACAGGAAGAUAUUCUCCUUUGCCACCCAGCUGAAAGCUGGCAAGGGAUUGACGAUUUGUGUGUCUGUGAUAAAGGGCGACCACACCAAGAUCACCAACAAAGCCGUGGAUGCGAAGGCCACGCUGCGCAAGUACAUGACCGAUGAGAAGGUGAAGGGCUUCUGCGAUGUCCUGGUAGCCCAGCAGAUUGGCGAAGGCCUCAGCUCAGUCAUCCAAACCAUCGGACUGGGGGGCAUGAAGCCCAACACAGUCAUCAUCGGAUGGCCGUACAGCUGGCGGCAGGAGGGCAGGAACAGCUGGAAGACCUUCAUCCAAACGGUCCGCACGGUGGCCGCCUGCCACAUGGCCCUCAUGGUGCCCAAGGGCAUCAACUUCUACCCAGAGUCAAACCACAAAAUCGGUGGCAACAUUGAUAUCUGGUGGAUUGUCCACGACGGUGGUCUGCUCAUGUUGCUGCCCUUCCUGCUGAAGCAACACCGCACCUGGCGCAAUUGCAAACUAAGGAUCUUCACAGUUGCUCAAAUCGAGGACAACUCGAUUCAAAUGAAGAAGGAUCUAAAGACAUUCCUCUACCAUCUCCGAAUCGAGGCCGACGUUGAAGUUGUUGAGAUGAACAACAGCGAUAUUUCCGCUUACACUUACGAGCGGACCCUGAUGAUGGAACAGCGUAAUCAGAUGCUGAGAGCAUUAGGCUUAAAUAAGAAAGAAAACUCCAAAGUGGUUCAGACUAUAAUGGACUUUAAGGAAACACCCAGUGAUAAUAAAAUGUCUUUGGUUCAAACAAUUGUAGACCACCAUUAUGACGCCACCAAAACGGCGUCUAAAGUUCGCUUCGCCGAUCCAACUAUAGAAGAAACACAGCAUCACGAUUCUCAGAACGACGAGAAACGUAACUCAAUUGAUUUGGAUGGUCCCGAGAACGCGGACACACCCGAAACUACUUCUAACAAGGAUGAAUCGACAGAGAAAGCCGACGGAGACUUUAAGUCCAGUGUGAAACCGGAUGAGUUCAACGUUCGUCGCAUGCACACAGCAAUAAAACUAAACGAGGUUAUUGUAGAAAAGUCACAGGACGCCCAGUUGGUCAUAAUGAAUCUACCUGGACCACCUAGGGAAGUGAGAGCGGAGCGUGAAAGCAAUUAUAUGGAAUUUCUGGAGGUAUUAACAGAGGGCCUUGAAAAAGUGUUAAUGGUUCGCGGAGGAGGCCGAGAAGUUAUAACAAUUUACUCUUAAGAGCAUUAAUCGCUCAGUUUUAUAAGAGUUCGCAACACUAGACAAGUUUAAGAAUCAAUCAAAUUUUUAAAGAAGGUUAUUAAUUUGUUAUAUUCAAUCAUAUGUCCAAAUAUUUUAUUUUUACGUAAAUAAAAUAUCAAAAAAUUGUAACAAUAAGAA